CGUCGGCAGCUCGAAUCUGCCUAUCAGCGGGAAGCUCGAAUACGCGGGCCCGCCCCUCCCCGCCUUUAAAGGCUCUCCGGGUGGCGCGUGCUCCACGGUAGAUUGUCCUCAACGGAGACAGAAGGGGUCCAAGAUGGCAGCGCUCGCCCAGACACCGGACUCAUGUGCUGAGGCUUCAGUCCAGCCUCCCCCACCGGGCACCUGGAAGGCCUCACUUGAUGGCAUCACAGUAUCAGCCUCUCCCAGUAUUGAAAACCAUCAGGGAGAAGAAGUCAAGGAAACCAAAGAAGAAGUCGAGGAAACCAGAGAGGCCGCAGCAGAGAUGUUCCGGUCCAAAGCACCCCCUCCUCUGGGGCUGUGGACCUGCAAGCGGGAUGGUUUGGUCAGACUGCGGAUGGAUGAAAGUGGGAUCGGCUGUGAGUCCCCACUCACCGUCCACGAGCUCUUCCUGAGUGCUGUGCGCACCUACGGCGACUACUUCGCCCUGGCCUCCAAGAAGCAGGGCAGGUGGACCAAGCUGACCUUCCGGCAAUACUACGAGGAAUGCCGGGUGGCUGCCAAGAGCUUUCUGAAGCUGGGUCUGGAGCCCUUCCAUGGAGUCUGCAUUCUGGGGUUCAACUCAGCAGAAUGGUUCAUCGCUGACAUUGGAGCGAUUCUUGCGGGAGGCCUUGCAGUGGGCAUUUACACUACCAACUCGCCCGAAGCUUGCCAGUAUGUGGCGGAGAACUGUGGGGCAAACAUCAUUGUGGUACAGAACGACAAACAGCUGCAGAAAAUCCAGGAGAUCCAGCACAGGCUGCCCCUCCUAAAAGCCAUCAUCCAGUACAGUGAGGAAAUCAAAGAGAAAAAACCAAAUCUCUACUCCUGGAGCGAAUUCAUGGCCCUUGGCAGCACCAUCCCAGAUGACCACCUGGAUAAAAUCAUCGAGUCUCAGAAGCCCAACCAGUGUUGCACCCUGAUCUACACCUCGGGGACCACGGGGCACCCCAAAGGGGUCAUGCUUAGCCACGACAAUAUCACAUGGACGGCCAGGGCAGGAGGGGAGUAUGUCAGCAUGCGCAGGGCCACGGAGCAGCAAGAGAUCAUCGUCAGCUACCUUCCACUCAGCCACAUCGCUGCGCAGAUGAUCGACAUCUGGCUGCCCUUCGUGUUCGGGGUGCAAGUCUGCUUUGCACAGCCUGAUGCGCUCAAGGGCAGCCUGGUGGAGACACUGAGAGAAGUGCGGCCCACGGCUUUCUUGGGUGUCCCUCGAGUCUGGGAGAAGAUGCAGGAGAAGAUGAAGUCAGUUGGGGCGAAGUCCUCGGCCCUGAAGAGGAAAAUCGCCACGUGGGCCAAGCUGGUUGGACUUGAGACAAAUCUGAAGCGCAUGAACGGAAAUGUGCCUCCAAUUGCAUGUUGCUCGAAGGAAUCGGAAAGGGCUGUGGAUCUGCCCCUGAAUUACCGCCUGGCCAGGACAUUCAUCUACAAGAAGGUGCGGAAGGCCCUGGGCCUGGACCGGUGCACGAAAUGCUACACCGGAGCGGCCCCGAUCAUGAAGGACACCUUGGAGUAUUUCCUCAGCCUUGACAUUCCAAUCUUUGAAUUGUAUGGCAUGAGUGAAAGCACUGGCCCUCAUACCAUUUCUGUUCAAAGUUCCUUCAGGAUAACCAGCUGCGGCAAAGAGAUCACGGGCUGCAAGACGAUGCUUUUCAAGCCGGACCAUGAGGGCAUCGGAGAGGUUUGCUUCGCGGGACGCCACAUCUUCAUGGGGUACCUGAACAUGGAAGACAAAACGAGAGAGGCGAUCGAUGAGGAUGGCUGGCUGCAUUCUGGUGAUCUCGGGAAGCACGAUGCGGACGGCUUUCUCUACAUCACAGGGCGAAUCAAAGAGCUGAUCAUCACAGCAGGUGGAGAAAACAUCCCCCCGGUCCCAAUCGAGGAGGCCGUCAAGGAGGCUGUUCCCUUCCUGAGCAACGUCAUGCUGGUGGGCGACAAGGCCAAGUUCUUGGGGAUGCUGAUGACACUGAAGUGCAAAGUGAACCUGGACACUGGUGAGCCCGAGGAUGAGCUCACCCCCGAAGCCAUUGAGUUGCUUCACAAGCUGGGCAGCAAAGCCACCAAGGUCUCUGACAUCGUGAACAGCAAAGACGCGGCCGUGUUCACUGCCAUCCAGAAAGGGGUGUCCUUGGUCAAUGAUCACGCGACCUCGAAUGCACAGAAGAUCCAGAAGUGGGUGCUCCUUGGGAAGGAUUUCUCCAUUGCUGGCGGAGAGCUUGGCCCCACAAUGAAGCUAAGGAGGCCUGUGGUAGCCAAGAUGUACAAAGAGCAAAUAGCUCAAAUUUACUUGGAAACACCAAUGAUCAAGUAAUAGCUGAAUCAACUGGCAAACCUGGCCCGCCUCUCCCAGAAGUUCUCUCUUCCGCUCCUCUCUGCUGUCUUUGUAAAUAUGACCCGGUCUUUCCAUGGAUUUGCUUGGCCCAGGAGAAAUUCCCUCUCUUUCCCCCCUAAAAAACGAGGUUUCAAUAAAGGCAGCUCCCUGAACCCAGCUGUCCUUUUCUCUCUCCUUCCCCGCAUCCCUACUCAGCACCCUGCAUGUCUUGGUUGCAAAGCCUCAGGAGUGCUUGUUGCCUUCUUUCUCUUGGGCCACUUUGGGAUUGCCUCCCGGGAUCUACCAUUUUUUUGAAGAAUACUGGAAGACAAUCACUGCUUUCUCCAAAGUUCGUAUUUUCCCUCUCCUGAUUGUGCUGAAACAAAGAUAUCAAGAACUUGAUUCCAGAAUCACUUGAGGAAAAUUUCUCUCUCUGCGAUUGUACAUCACUCUGUAAAGCAAACACUUUUUCCUCCGUCACAGGAUGCUCUUCUAGAAACCUGAGGAGAUGUUGGCCAGACGUAUCUCCGUACUAUUACUAGACUAUCUGUGAAUGUUGCUUGCUUAGGUCUGUCCGUGCGGUGAAGUAGCUUAUGGUUCAAGACUUCACAAAGCCCGUUCCCACCCUGCUCCCCAAAGUCCCACAGACAAUGACUUUGCACAUGCGAUGGAUCACUUUGAAUAGCAGGAAAUCCAGCACGGGUAUUGCCUUUGGGUGGUGCACACGGGUUGUCUGCUUAGUACUAACAAGGCUCAGCUUGGGGGUGCCAGCUGCCUUUUGAAGCGUUAUGCACAGCUCCUUGAUGGACAUCUAUUUCUCCAACGCCUGACGAUGUCGAGCUGGUCACUCUGAUAACUAGUUCUGACACUUCCUCAGCCGUGGAGGUAAAAUUGGAAGAAACCGGAGGUUUUUCUAGGGAUGUGGAUGCCUGUGCCAUUUCCUACCCCCUAUGCUACCAGCAAAAAGGAUCAUGAGGUGCAUCCAACAUGCUUCCCAGGAGGAUUUGAACUUCUCCAGAACUUCUCCAGAGUGGAGAAGAGAUGAGCUGCUGGGAACCAUCUGAAGUUGUUUUUUCCUUUUUCAUUUAGGUAGUCUGCACAUGUGUUUGAUUUUUGCAUGUGAUGGAAACCCAAGACCUACCUCCCAUUAAAUUGUCAGGGAAAUGCUAGGUGUGUUCCCCUUAUUCCUCUCCCCACCUCCUUUUUAUAUGAACCCCCCUCUAUUUAUAUGAAUUCACAGCAAUUGUGACUAGUGUAUAACAAAAAACACUGGGCUAUCCAAAGAGAUGCAGGCUGUGCUUCGGGGUACCGUUUCUGUCGAGCAUGUAUUUGCACGGGUGGCUUUGACACAAGCACAGUUCACGUGUACUGAGUAUGGAUUGUUGUGUUACUGGGUUGCUGACAAAUCACGGGUUAUUGUUACAUGCAAACUCUAUACUGUGGUUUAACCCUAACUAUGAACAACCCAGAAAGAGAACUUACAGUUUGUUGCUGAGUUGUAAACUCUGAGCUGUUCAUGGUUAAGAAACCAUACUGCAGGGUUUGCAUGUUAAAGCGGCCUGGGCACUCAUGCAUACCUGUGGAGAAAGGAGAUUCAUGUGGAGUAGGAAAGACAUCUGGAAUGUAACACUACUGGAUCCUUGGUGGUUGUGGAUGCAGUAUAAUCAUGGAAGGGUUGUUAUUGGGUUUGGGUUUUUUAAACCCUAAAAGACUCAUUCAGAGUUAAUUUGCUCCUAUUCUGUUUUGCUACAAAUAAUGUUGAAUAAAUAUAUGAAUGGC